AUGGAUUAUGUAAGAAAAUGCGAAGUUUGCCAAGUCCAUACGAAUUUCAUUCAUCAUCCUCCGGAAUCAUUACAUCCGACAGUAGCUUCAUGGUUGUUUGAUGCAUGUGGUCUUGAUGUUAUUGGACCUAUAACUUCAAAGUCUUUAGCAGGGCAUACAUACAUCUUCGGCGGGACCAACUACUUCUCUAAGUGGACCGAAGCCGUACCAUUGAAGGAAGUAAAGAAAAAAAUAUCGCAGAUUUCAUUCGUAUUCAAAUCAUUUAUCGAUGGUGUCCCGUGGUACAUCAUAACUGAUAAUGACAAACCACUCUGCAAUAGCCACAUCAACAAUUUAUGUGCAAAGUUUGGGUUCAAACAGUACAACUCAUCAAUAUACAAUGCGGCAGCUAACAGAUUGACAGAGAUGUUCAAAAAAAUACUAUGCAGUUUGUUAAAAAAGGUUGUCUCCAGAUCAAAAAAGGACUGA